AUGAAGAAAAACACAUCCAGUGACUCUAAAUUUCUUCUAUACUAUCAACGCUUCUUCAAUCACAUCUAUCAAACAAGCUAUAGUAACAUUCACGCCUACAUUGCUGGAAUAAUCGUAGGAUUCUUAUACCACCAAACGAGAAAUGGCCGGUUGAAUCUUGAAAGCUCAAGGCUGUACAAUUUAGUGAAGAAAGCAUUUCCGUUGAUGAUCCUACUUGGACCGAUCCCUACUUUUCUAUAUUACGAAUACGAAAUUCCUCGCCCAUCAUGGCCGACUACGCUACACUUUGUGUUGUUCCAUAAUUAUGGCAUUAUUUUUGGAUCGCUGUAUACAUUGCUUCCGGAAUCCUCCAGCGUGUAUGUGCUGCAUGUUUCUCUGCUACGAUGGAUGAUAAACUACAUUCCGAUGAUGGUGCACGUGUCCAUUCCUAACAUACUGAUGCUAUCGGCGGCAACAGUCGUCGCAUCGUAUCUACUAGGACUCGUAGUGUAUCUCGUUAUUGAGCAACCGACGAGCUUGCUGCUGAGACAUUUGUUCUUCGAAGCUCGCAGGACGUCAAAAGUGGACUGUUCAUCUCCGCCGAUCAUGCAGGUCGAACAGUAUCUGUGUGUAGUGCCAACUGAUGAAUCAGCUAUUCUACUUAGAUAUCAGCGAUCGAAUCGAUCGAUUCAUUCAACCAAAGGUUGCUAUAAAAACACAUUCAAACCUCGUCUCUCUUCGAUUAAACAGCACGUGCUAGGUGCUGCUCAACACCUAGAAUCAGUUGCAAGCAUGGCCUGCCGGUUGAAACACUCGUUGCUGCUGCUGCUGUCAGCACUUAACUCGCUACAAGCUUUGCCAAGUGGUGGAAAAUCUGAGUACAUUCCGCUAUUAUUCGAAUAUGACAAUUACGAAAAGUGUCGCCAACGAUCGCCACCAGGAGUGUAUUGUUUCAUCAAAUCGGUCAUCGAACAGGACGUAGAUCCGAUCAACUCAACGCGCAUCGUGGUCGGUUAUCGGGAAAAUGUUCUGGAGCGAGGUGUUUGCAUCGUCGAGUGUGAACUGGAACUUGCGAGUCUGAAUGGCACGGAACGUCGCCGGUUGUUCUAUCCUAAAUUUGAUAUUCCGUACAUGUACACACUGUCAACAUUUUGGAAAGAUGCCAUUCAGCCUUCGAUUCGUCGUUACGAACAGCUUACGAACAUAUGUCUAAACAACAGACUGGAGCAGAAAUACGACAUGUUGGCCUACUCAGAGAUAGAAUACUGUACCGAUAACGAAUUACCGGAGAGUCCCGUUUUGGACUGGUGGAAAGCACUGUUCGCCAUGUGUUUUCUCUCUUUAUUCGGUGCAGUUUUGAUCGGAAACGCCAUUGAUGUCUUCGGGAAUGAUCGGUUGAAAAAACAUCUCUUCGUAUCCUCCUUUUCCAUACGACGGAACCUAUUACAACUGCUGCAGAAUCCGAAAACCGAUCUGUCCUGCGAUUUUGCGUACAUCGAAGGACUGCGUGUUUUAGCCAGUUUCCUGGUUUUGCUUUUGCAUUGCAUCGUAUCAUUUGCGAUGUCACCGAUAUCGAAUCCGUUUUAUUUGGAACGAGUUUUGUUUGGACCGGUUACCCGAACUUUCAAAGCUCCCUUAAUACCGAUUGUGAGACUUUUUCUCACCGUUUCUGGAUUACUGCUGACGGUUCAUGUCCUGGAAGAUGUUCGUACAAAUAGUCCGCAGCUCACCGAAAUCAGUUACUUCUGGACUAAACUCAUACAUCGCAUGAUCCGGCUACUUCCGACGUAUUAUUUCUUUUUGCUGUACGCAAUGGUGGCUGAUUGGAUCCCUGGCCGGGAUAUUGGGAUUGUUGGUUUCAGAGCACUAACCUCGGAACGAUUGUUGUGCAGAAGGUACGGUUGGUCCAACUGGGUGUUGGUGAACAAUCUUCCAUUCGUGGAUGGCCAAUGCAUGGGGCAUGGGUGGUACGUGGCUACUGAUUUACAGCUGUUUAUAGGAGGAUUGAUCACUUUGGUAAUUCUCUGGAAAUGGCCUCGUGGAACGAAACCUGUUUUGUGGUCGCUGGCAGGUAUAUCAGCACUCCUCGUUUUCUGUUUAGUGUAUGUCGGUGGCGUUGAACCACUACUUGCUGAUCGAAUCAGUGACCUCCAGUACCUAUUGAUAUCUCAGCGUUACUUCAGGGAAGUGUAUCAACCAAGUUACACAAAUAUGGGGUGUUUCGUUGCUGGUUUAAUCGUAGGUUUUCUGUACCACAACGUCAAACACAAUGGAUUGAAUCUUGAACAAUCCAAGAUAUACAAAACACUCAGAUUAAUCAGCCCUCCAUUGCUUAUAGCAACCCUAUCCGGGACGCACAUAUUCUAUUAUUACGAAAUAAGCCCUCAAACUGUGUGGGCGGCUAAUUUCGCCGUAAGCUUUGCAUACUGCCCAGUACUCGCUUUCUGUGUUUUUGUUGUUAAAGGAUUUCAACGUCCCGCAGGAUAUUUCCGACAACUACUCAGCUCCAAACCAAUGACCGUACUUGGAAAACUGUCGUACAGUACCUACAUGCUACAUCCGACGCUACUAAGAAUGUUGGGCAUCAGUGAUUUUGCGCCACCCUUUCCGAUGGAGUGGACAGUAGGAUUAUUUUUCGCAAUGUGGAUAGCAGUCAUCGUUGGAUCGUAUCUCUGUGCAGCAGUUGUGUACUUCAGCCUGGAACAACCGAUGACUUUGAUGCUGAGAAGUGUCUACGAUCGAUGGAGUGAGCGAACGAAACGGAAGUGUAAAGUGGGUUAGUACAUGAAUGUACUAACAAAGCUCGGAAAGUUUGAAAUUAAUUUGAAAAAUUGCUUGUGUUUUGUUUAGACGUUUAUUUAUUAACAUUAUUAUUUAUUAAGAAACCAAGAUGGUUAUUCACCUAUUUUUGAAAAUAAUAUACAAUUCAUGAAAGAUAAAAAAUUAAAGGGUUCUGUACAGGACACAACCAC